GUGAGUUGUGAAGCUUUAAAUCCGCAUCUGCAUCAGCCCAGCCCCUCCAAAACCUUCACGAUAUCGAGAACAUUUUGAAAAUUCUCUCUUGAGGCCGACUAUAGAAACCAUGGCGGACGGUUUGCCCAUCGAUGCUUCCGACGAUAUCAAUGACAAUGAUUCUGCAAUCUCAACCGAAGACAUCGACUCGACAGUUUCAAUCGGCUCCAGCAUUUUGAAGUACCGAGAGGAAAAUGGGAGAACAUACCAUGCCUACAAAGACGGAAAAUACUUACUGCCUAAUGAUGAGAGUGAGAAUGACCGGCUUGACCUCCAACAUCACAUGUGGUGCCUGACUUUCAGCGGCAAGUUAUAUCUCGCUCCAAUCCCGAAAGAUCAAAAGCUUCACCGCGUUGCCGAUCUUGGAACCGGCACAGGAAUCUGGGCCAUCGACUUUGCUGAUGAACAUCCUGAAUCUUUGGUCUAUGGUAUUGAUCUCAGCCCCAUCCAACCCAGCUUCCUUCCUCCAAAUUGCAUCUUUGAGAUCGACGAUAUUGAAGAACCGUGGACUUACAAGUACAAAUUCGACUUUAUUCAUCUCCGCAUGAUGACAGGGUCAAUUGCGGACUGGCAGAAGUGCUUUCAUCAAUGCUAUGAGAGCCUCAAUCCAGGAGGCUGGAUUGAGGUCAAAGAUAUGAGACUUCCAAUUGAGGACAAUGACGCAUCAUUCCCUGAGGGUUGUGCGGUCAGAAAAUGGACAGAACUCGCUAUGGAAGGAGCCGCGAAAAUGGGCCGCCCUCUCAACAGCGCUAUCGAAUACAAGGCACAGCUCGAAGAUGCGGGCUUUCACAACGUCAGAGAGGAGAUGUUUAGGUGGCCUCAAAAUAAGUGGCCUAAAGAUGCAAAGCUGAAAGAAUUGGGGAUGUGGUUGUGCGAGAACUUCACCAGCGGUCUCUCAGGCCUGAGCAUGGCACUUUUUACCCGGGGACUGGGAUGGACUCCUGAAGAAACAGAGGCCUUCCUAGUGACAGUCAGAAAAGAUAUGAAGGACACCAAGAUCCAUGGCUACUAUACGAUCUCUGUCAUAUACGGUCAAAAACCAGCAUAAUAAAACAUCAACUUACUGGGAUACGGAGCAAAACUGGAGAUUUUCAUUCCUUUAGAAGUGAAGCAAAAAGCAGAAAAG